AUGGACACAGAGACCACAAGUGAUCAAGCAUCCACUGAGUCGGCGUUCACUCCGCCCCCUAUGCUGGACACAAGGGUGGUGAUUGACGCGGCUGAUCGGGAUCUUCGCAGAGGAAGUACACUCCUGGUGGCUGGUGCCGCGGUGUGCGUUCUGUGGGAUGAUGCUACGAAGACUGGUGUUGGAGUAGGGUCAAUGGAUCCGAGGUUGCGUGGAGCUUCAACAGCGGCCUUUAGAGAGCGAAAGUUCUCCAGCCCCUCAGACCGUCUCCAUCGGCAGGCGAGACAGUCGAUACUGUUCGAAGAACGCAAGUCUCCUGUUUUCAGGGAUGAUCUGUUUUCGUCGCUUCCACUCUUCAAAACUCAAGGUCUAGGCCGCAGCGGUACUGCUGCGACGGAUGUAUCUCCGACUGAAGUCCAUCCGGGCAAGCGCUUGGCGGAGCCUCCGGGUGACAGUGGUUGGGGUCCAGACAGCUCAAACGGACAUCAGGAGCUCUCAGACAUCUUUCCGAUACCGAGCCCAACACAUUUGAAGAAGACUUCUGUUGCGCCAGAGUCCGCUCAGGUUGCUCCUAUACAUGCGCUGGAUGAGAAUGCUGUGGAGGCACAACAUGACCAAUCUAUAGUUACAGCUAGAUCGAGCCAUUUAUGGUCCGGUUUCUUAUGGGGUCUUCUCAACCUGUUUCCUAGUUCAGCCACCUUAAAACCUGGCGCAUUCACUGGAUUGCAGGUAGCGUCAACGGCAGCUACAGCUCAUGCGAAGGCUAUCUUGCACCACCAGAGCUAUCUGCACAAUCAGCGGCAACAUAUUUACAUCACCGAAUAUGAAGUAGGAGACUCUCUCAAACCCAAGAGAGUUCCCAUGACUUUAAACAGUAUCUCUGGCAUCCAGCAUUACCUCAUGGAGGCGUCCACCUCUAGAUUCACAGCUCCAUUGUUGAGGGUCAUAUACAUACAGAACAAUGCAGAGGCCAUGGACUUCCUCACCAAUAUUUUUCGUCUUGACCACGCCUCAUUUGAAAACUUCGAAGGGUCCUUUAAGGACUGGAUCCAUGAGCAAAAGAGUCAUCGUGACUCUUUGAAUAAGACCAUAUCAUGGAAACCCAUGUACGACGUCACGCGAGAUAUUACCUGUACAGUCUUCGGCCUCGACCUCGGAUCAGGAUUAGUGGGUGUACAGGCAGCUCCUGAUAUUGCUUUGCCAGGAAAGAAGAAUUUUGAUCGACGUGUUCUUACCACGGGCCUGAGCGCCUCGCGCCCGCAAAGACUUUCCGUCUACAUUCAGCGUAAGCUUGAUGGUUUCCCUGAAAUUGGAAAAAUGGGCGUCUUCAACACUAGCGCUAGGGAGAAAUGGCAGUGUGCACACCAGAACACGAUUCUAAUUUACGAGAAUUCCCACGACGACUGCGAAGAAAUCAUCCAGGGUCAAGGUCUGCUGGACCUGGAUUGGAAGGCCAGUACUGCAGACAAAGACUCGGAUGUCGCCCUUGUCAGGACGAUGGAGCAUAUACUUCUGCACAUCUUCACCAAAGUCCUCCGAGCCUGGCGCAAGCAGCUCGCUCUCCUCUCGAUCCAACACGCACAGCUCGAGGAUCGUGUCUACGGCCAGCCUUCCGACGACAGUCACGCUACAGAACUAUGGGCAAUGUCCAAAUAUCUAUGGAGCAUGGCUAAACUAGUCAAUCGGCACUCCAACCUGAUUGAGGAUGUGCAGGAGCAUUUCAAUCAAUUUGCCGAGCGAAGCAAUGAUUACGACUGGCUUGAUGAUAUAUUAAGAGAUUUCAGACAAGCCAGCGUCACUAUCCAGGAUGAUUUUAUCAGACCGACAGAGCACAUGAUCGAUUUAAUGUACAAAUCCGUCAGCAUCCGCGACUCGCGCCAGUCCCUCGAACUCAACGCCAGUCUCUGGAGACUCAGCUGGAUCACCUUCAUCUUCCUGCCACUGACGUUCCUGGUGGGAUUCUUUGGCAUGAACGUGGGCGUCUUCGAGCAUUAUCCUUCGGUCAAGUAUUACUUUAUUACUGCCAUUCCGCUUAUGACUAUCAUCCUACUCCUAUGGUUUGCAGUUCGCCACUACGUACCCUCGGAUGGGUCGCUACGUCUCCAAAGCAGCAGAAGUGCUCAGCUCGACGAACCCGAGCGACCACCUUGA